CGACACGAACAGCACGCAGACAGCAGAGGAACGCACGACCACCACGAUCAUCAUUUCUACUCUUAUGAAUUGAACUUUACUCACAAUCAAAUGUGAUGUUCACUUGAACAAACUGUUGGAAGGAAGUCUUGUCAGGAAGGCAUCUCUAUGCUUUUUUUGAUUCAAGGAAGGGUCCAAGAGUGAAUUAAUCUAGUUAGGUUGAGAAAGAAUAGAAGAUUGUUAUGUCCGCAGCUAUCAUCUAGAAACAACAACAAAAUUAAUUAAGUUCUUUCUUCUUUGUCCGCUGGUGCUCAUUUCAUAUUGAACCCGAUGAGGCUUUUGCUGCGCUCGGAGGGUUCGACAGUGCGCUUUUUGGUGAGCACGAGCACGAAGUGGAUGUCUCCUGGUCUACAAUACUCGCGAACGAGGUGGCCGAUACCGUGACAGGCGUGGGGAACGGACUAGUAUCAAUAGGACUUCUUACUGAAGAGGAGCUUUCGUAUAUGAUCGACAUUGGUGAGGGGGUCACCGGAGUAUCGGUGUCGAUGCUACAGAAAUUAUGAGACAAAGUCUCUUUAUGUGGACUGCAUCUGCAUAGAUAAAUACAACAAAGUAGGAGCCCAGUUUUGUUCAUCCUGUGUUCGUGGCACCUCAUUCAUUCAUUUACCUGUUCUGGAGGUAUCUUUUGACGCCUGAGCGACAUAUAACUUAAUUAAUGCUUCUGUAAGCGGCAUUCAUUCGCUCGGAUAGUUCAGUGUUUAAUUGAUUAACAGGGAGGAAGCCGCUAGUCCUGUGGAAAAAAAAAACAUAAUCUCCUCAGUCAAGACGCAUCGACUAGUCAUUCAAUUCUAAUAUGGCCUAGUCGAGAAGGGUCGUACGGCAAUAGCAGUAAGCAGAGCGGGGAGGAGAGUUUCCUGGAUAUGGAUUUAGCGACACGAACAUUAAGGGUAACGGGCUUUAGGUGUUCUCCUUGCCGUUAGUGUUGCCUCUCACUCUUAUAAUUAGGAAGGAAUGAAAGGCAUAACUAACAAGGUAAAAAGCUAAGACCAGAAACAUGAUGCUUCUAAUUGCAAGUCUAGCGCUGUCGAAAGC